AACUAGCUGUAGGGUCGGGCUCCGAGCGAUCGCUUUCUUCCUCUCCGCCCAGAGUCGCGCUCUCUCGGUGAUCCCAUGGCGCUACAAUCCACCACAGUCUCCGGCGCCUCCGCCUUCGGAGCGUCCUCUCCUGUUUCGCGGCUAAUCUGUUCGACGAAAUCGAUCUCCAAUAAGACACCAUUCUUCGUCGACUUCAUCGGAUCGUACUGUGUUUCUAAGGGAACGAGAAGACGAAUCGAGGUCUCUGGUUCCCGGAAUUAUCUUCCACUGUUGAAGUCCUCUUCGCGGCUGCGAUCGCCGGUGAAAGCGAUCUUUGAUUUUGAACGCGUCGCCGGAGACGCGUCGGCUUCGGUAUCUGAUUUGAGACCUGAGGUGGCCUACUUGGAGGAUAUAGUUUCGGAAAGGGGAGAAUGUGGGGUUGGGUUUAUUGCGAACUUGGAAAAUAAGGCUACACAUGAUAUUAUAAAGGAUUCCCUGAUAGCGCUUGGAUGCAUGGAACACAGGGGAGGUUGUGGGGGUGAUAAUGAUUCGGGUGAUGGUUCGGGGUUGAUGACUUCAAUCCCUUGGGAUUUAUUAAACGAAUGGGCUGGCAAGCAAGGAAUUGCUUCUUUUGACAAGUUGCAUACAGGUGUUGGAAUGCUUUUCCUGCCGAAAGAUGACAACCUUAAGGGAGAAGCCAAAAAAGUGAUUACUAGUACUUUCGAGAAAGAGGGCUUGGAGGUGAUUGGAUGGCGGGAAGUUCCUGUAGAUACAUCCAUAGUUGGUUUUUAUGCAAAACAGACGUUGCCAAGUAUGGAGCAGGUUUUUGUUAGAGUUGUCAAAGAAGAGAAUGUGGAGGACAUUGAACGAGAGCUUUACAUCUGCAGGAAACUGAUCGAAAGAGCAGUAGCUUCCGAAAGUUGGGGUGCUGAGCUCUACUUCUGCUCCAUGUCCAACCAGACCAUUGUUUACAAGGGCAUGCUUCGGUCAGAAGUUCUUGGGUUAUUUUAUCUUGACCUUCAAAAUGACCUCUACAAAUCUUCUUUUGCCAUCUACCAUCGAAGAUAUAGCACAAAUACUAGCCCAAGGUGGCCUCUUGCUCAGCCGAUGAGGUUUCUUGGACAUAAUGGAGAGAUCAAUACCAUACAGGGGAAUUUGAACUGGAUGCAAUCUCGAGAAGCCUCAUUGAGAUCACCUGUUUGGUGCGGUCGUGAAAAUGAUAUUCGCCCAUUUGGCAAUCCAAAGGCUUCAGACUCUGCUAACCUUGAUAGCGCAGCCGAACUGUUGAUAAGAAGUGGCCGAACUCCAGAGGAGUCUCUUAUGAUUCUCGUCCCAGAAGCAUAUAAAAACCAUCCGACAUUAAUGAUUAAAUAUCCUGAGGUUGUAGAUUUUUAUGAUUACUACAAGGGACAGAUGGAGGCUUGGGAUGGACCUGCAUUAAUCUUGUUCAGUGAUGGAAAAACGGUUGGAGCUUGCCUCGACCGAAAUGGACUUCGGCCUGCUAGAUAUUGGCGGACAAGUGACAACGUUGUCUAUGUUGCCUCUGAGGUUGGGGUUCUACCUAUGAAUGAAUCAAAAGUCACCAUGAAGGGUCGUCUAGGACCUGGCAUGAUGAUCACUGUCGAUUUAGAGAGUGGACAGGUGUAUGAGAACACAGAAGUCAAGAAGCGAGUUGCAUCAUCUAAUCCAUAUGGAAAGUGGGUUAAUGAAAACCUACAAAAGCUAAAGCCUGCUCAUUUUCUCUCAUCAGCGAUCAUGGAGUCUGAAGAGAGCUUAAGGCGCCAACAGGCAUUUGGCUACUCAAGUGAGGAUGUUCAAAUGGUUAUCGAGACAAUGGCCGCACAGGGCAAAGAACCGACAUUUUGCAUGGGAGAUGACACUCCACUAGCAGCAUUGUCUCGGAAACCCCAUUUGCUUUAUGAUUAUUUCAAGCAACGGUUUGCUCAGGUUACUAAUCCAGCUAUUGAUCCUCUACGAGAAGGACUGGUCAUGUCACUGGAAGUUAAUAUUGGGAAGCGUGUAAACAUGUUGGAGAUUGGACCUCAGAAUGUUUCACAGGUCAUUUUGUCUGGCCCUGUACUAAAUGAGCGGGAGCUUGAGAAAUUGCUCAGUGAUCCACAUCUAAAGUCCCAAGCUUUACCCACGUUUUUCGACAUACAUAGAGGAGUUGAAGGAUCUCUGAAGAAAGCACUGCAUAAACUCUGUGAAGCUGCAGAUGAAGCAGUUCGUAAUGGUUCCCAAUUGCUUGUUCUUUCAGACCGAUCUGAUGACCUGGAACCAACUCGGCCUGCAAUUCCAAUGUUGCUGGCUGUUGGUGCUGUUCACCAGCAUCUGAUCCAGAAUGGCCUGCGGAUGUCAGCUUCAAUAAUUGCUGACACGGCUCAGUGCUUCAGCACACAUCACUUCGCCUGCUUGAUUGGUUAUGGAGCAAGUGCUAUAUGCCCACAUCUUGCUCUGGAGACAUGUAGACAGUGGCGUCUGAGCAGCAAGACUGUGAAUAUGAUGAGGAAUGGAAAGAUGCCAACAGUAACAAUCGAGCAGGCUCAGAAGAAUUAUUUCAAGGCUGUGACCACUGGUCUUCUCAAGGUUCUUUCUAAGAUGGGUAUAUCAUUGCUCUCAAGUUAUUGUGGGGCACAGAUAUUUGAGAUUUGCGGAUUAGGAAAGGAGGUUGUUGAACUUGCAUUCCGUGGGAGUGCAUCCCAAAUUGGUGGGUUAACUUUUGAUGAGCUCGCUAGGGAGACAUUAUCAUUCUGGGUGAGGGCAUUUGCUGAGGAUACAGCGAAACGUCUGGAAAAUUUUGGGUUUAUACAAUUUAGGCCUGGAGGGGAAUAUCAUGGGAACAAUCCAGAGAUGUCUAAAUUACUUCAUAAAGCUGUCCGUGAAAAGAGUGAAACAGCUUAUGCAGUGUAUCAGCAGCAUCUAGCUAAUCGUCCUGUUACAGUUCUUCGUGAUCUCCUUGAGUUCAAAAGUGACCGUAGUCCUAUUCCUGUUGGGAAGGUUGAGCCUGCUUCCUCCAUUGUUGAACGGUUUUGUACAGGUGGAAUGUCACUUGGAGCUAUCUCGAGAGAAACUCAUGAAACAAUAGCUAUUGCAAUGAACAGAUUAGGUGGAAAGUCCAAUUCAGGGGAAGGAGGCGAGGAUCCCAUCCGUUGGAAGCCACUUACAGAUGUUGUUGAUGGGUACUCUCCAACGCUGCCACAUCUUAAGGGUCUUCAAAAUGGGGAUACUGCGACAAGUGCUAUUAAACAGGUUGCUUCAGGACGUUUCGGUGUCACUCCUAUCGGUGUCACUCAGAUCAAAAUUGCUCAAGGAGCAAAGCCUGGUGAAGGCGGCCAACUGCCUGGAAAAAAAGUUAGUGCAUACAUUGCUCAACUUCGAAAUUCUAAACCAGGUGUUCCGCUUAUAUCUCCACUUCCUCAUCAUGACAUUUAUUCCAUAGAGGAUCUUGCACAGUUGAUCUUUGAUCUCCAUCAGGUUAACCCCAAGGCAAAGGUGUCAGUGAAGCUUGUAUCAGAAGCUGGAAUAGGAACAGUUGCUUCUGGGGUUGCAAAGGCUAAUGCUGAUAUCAUACAGAUAUCAGGCUAUGAUGGCGGAACUGGAGCUAGCCCUAUAAGUUCCAUAAAGCAUGCAGGUGGUCCGUGGGAACUCGGGCUAACCGAAACCCACCAGACUCUCAUGAAAAAUGGACUUAGGGAAAGAGUCCUUCUCAGAGUUGAUGGUGGCUUCAAGAGUGGUGUUGAUGUUCUGAUUGCUGCAGCUAUGGGUGCUGAUGAGUACGGGUUUGGUACUCUAGCUAUGAUUGCCACUGGAUGUAUCAUGGCUCGCAUUUGCCACACUAAUAAUUGCCCAGUUGGUGUUGCGAGUCAGAGAGAAGAACUGCGUGCUCGUUUUCCCGGUGUGCCUGGUGAUCUUGUCAAUUUCUUCUUAUAUAUUGCAGAAGAGGUGAGGGGAGUGUUAGCUCAGUUGGGAUAUGAGAAAUUGGAUGACAUAAUUGGCCGGACAGAUUUGCUAAAGCCACGUGAUAUUUCACUAGUGAAAACGCAUCUUGACCUGAGCUAUCUCCUAUCAUUUCUGGGGCUUCCAAAACGGAACAGUACUGCCAUUAGGAUUCAGGAUGUUCACUCAAAUGGUCCUGUUCUUGAUGAUACUCUACUUCAGGAUCCUGAGAUCAUUGAUGCAAUUGAGAAUGGAAAAGCGGUUCAAAAGACCGUGAAAAUAUACAACGUGGACCGUGCUGUUUGCGGUCGUGUUGCAGGUGUGAUUGCGAAGAAAUAUGGAGACGCUGGUUUUUCUGGACAACUGAACCUUACGUUCACUGGAAGCGCCGGCCAGUCUUUUGCAUGCUUUCUAACUCCCGGAAUGAAUAUACUCCUUGUGGGUGAAGCCAACGAUUAUGUGGGGAAGGGGAUGGCUGGAGGUGAACUGGUAAUAAUGCCGGUAGAGUCGCGUGGAUUUUGCCCCGAAGACGCGACUAUCGUAGGGAACACAUGUCUGUACGGCGCAACGGGUGGUCGAGUAUUUGUAAGAGGGAAAGCAGGAGAGCGAUUUGCUGUGAGGAACUCUCUCGCUCAGGCGAUAGUCGAAGGCACCGGAGAUCACUGUUGCGAAUAUAUGACCGGUGGCUGUGUCGUCGUGCUCGGAAAAGUGGGUAGAAAUGUAGCAGCCGGGAUGACAGGAGGGUUGGCAUACAUUCUCGAUGAGGACGACACUCUCCUCCCUAAGGUAAACAAGGAGAUAGUGAAGAUCCAAAGAGUAACGUCACCAGUGGGACAGGCCCAGCUUAAGAGCUUCAUCGAAGCUCACGUUGAGAGAACGGGAAGCGGCAAAGGCGAGACAAUUCUGAAGGAAUGGGACAAGUACCUUGCAAUGUUCUGGCAACUUGUUCCGCCGAGCGAAGAAGACACGCCGGAGGCUAACUCCGACCACUGGAAAACAUCCGCCGGAGCAUCAGAAGAACACGUGGCGACCACCAAGUUGCAGUCCACUUCGUAAGAUUGAUCUCCUCGUACUCCCCAGUUCGUCCCCACAACCUGUUGAAAAUUUCUCCUUUGACACGGCUUCUGAAUUCAACCCCAAUCGGUUCGCUACCAAACCGGACACCAUGGUCCGACCAAUCCCCACCUGAUUUAAUAAUGUCAUGUGAAAUCUCGUAUUCGUCGCAUCAGGUAUUAUCGGCACGUGGUUGCCCCGCCGACAAU